AAUCCAGCCGCCGCCGCCGCGCCCCGAGGCAGGUGGUAAUGGAGGGGAAGUCUCGGCUUUGGCCGGGGCCCCGGGUUCGGGCGCAUCCCAGCCACUAGAUAAGUCACUUUCCUGAGGAGGAACCACUGAUGGGAUGGCGAGAAAGAGGCGUGUCCCUUCAGUCCUGAGUUCUGUUGUUGCAGAGAGGGGAAUCAGCAGCCAUCUUCUUAAAAGCUAAGCGUAUUGGCUUCUUUCUAACCCAGUGGUUUUCAUACUGUGCGCCAAGGAGGGGUUUGUUUCAGAGUCUUCUCAAGUGAGUUCCAAUCCCUGUGCGGGACUUCUAAACAUCUUUUCUUAGUGGAAACGUUAUUUCCUACAACAUGAAGUCAACCUCUUUACAUCAGCGUUUGUGCUGUUCUGAUUCAUCUGUUAUGGUUCAUGAAGCUUGAGAUCUGAGGAGCACAGAGACUUUUGCGAUGACAAUAUGACUAAUAAUAGUAAAGGAAGAUCUGUUAAUAAAACAAGUGAUGGUCCAAGUAGCGGAGGAGGUUUUGUAGACUGGACUUUAAACUUACAUACAGUUCAAUCUGAUAAGUUUUUAAACUUAUUGAUGAGUAUGGUUCCAGUAAUUUACCAGAAAAACCAGGAAGACCGACACAAAAAAACAAAUGGCAUUUGGCAAGAUGGGUUAUCACCUGCCACCCAGACUUUUAGCACUAGAUCUGAGCAGCACGCGGAGUAUCACAGUUUCUCAGAGCAAUCUUUCCAUGGCAAUAAUGGGCACGCACCAUCAAGCGGUAGCCAAAUGUAUGACGACUAUGCCAACUACAAUUACUGUGAUGAAAGGGAGACUUCAGAAACUACUGCCAUGUUGCAGGAUGAAGACAUAGGGAGUGAUGGUGAUGAAGAUGCCGUUGUAGAAGCAAACCAAAAAUUACCGAAGGAAUCCAGCGGUGUCAUGGCACUGCAAAUACUUGUGCCAUUUUUACUUGCUGGUUUUGGAACAGUUUCAGCUGGCAUGGUUUUGGAUGUAGUCCAGCACUGGGAGGUGUUCAAAAAAGUAACAGAAGUUUUCAUUUUAGUUCCUGCACUACUUGGUCUCAAAGGGAACUUGGAAAUGACAUUGGCAUCUAGAUUAUCGACUGCAGUAAAUAUUGGGAAGAUGGAUUCACCCAUUGAAAAGUGGAACCUAAUAAUUGGCAACUUGGCUUUAAAACAGGUUCAAGCAACAGUAGUUGGUUUUCUAGCAGCUGUGGCAGCAGUUAUACUGGGCUGGAUUCCAGAGGGAAAAUACUACCUGGAUCAUUCCAUACUUCUGUGUUCUAGCAGUGUAGCAACUGCCUUCAUUGCAUCUCUUCUGCAAGGAAUAAUAAUGGUCGGGGUGAUCGUUGGUUCAAAGAAGACUGGUAUAAAUCCUGACAAUGUUGCUACACCCAUCGCUGCUAGUUUUGGUGAUCUUAUAACUCUUGCCAUAUUAGCUUGGAUAAGUCAGGGUUUGUACUCCUGCCUUGAGACGUAUUACUACAUUUCUCCAUUAGUUGGUGUCUUUUUCCUGGCUCUAACUCCUAUCUGGAUUAUAAUAGCUGCCAAACAUCCAGCCACAAGGACAGUUCUCCACUCAGGCUGGGAGCCUGUCAUAACAGCUAUGGUUAUAAGUAGCAUUGGAGGCCUUAUUCUGGACACAACUGUAUCUGAUCCAAACUUGGUUGGAAUUGUUGUUUACACACCAGUUAUUAAUGGUAUUGGUGGUAAUUUGGUGGCCAUCCAGGCUAGCAGGAUUUCUACAUACCUCCAUUUGCAUAGUAUUCCAGGAGAACUGCCUGAUGAACCCAAAGGUUGUUACUACCCAUGUAGAACUUUUUUUGGUCCAGGAGUAAAUAAUAAGUCUGCUCAAGUUCUACUGCUUUUAGUGAUUCCUGGACAUUUGAUUUUCCUCUACACUAUUCAUUUGAUGAAAAGUGGUCACACUUCUCUAACUGUAAUCUUCAUAGUAGUAUUCUUAUUUGCUGCUGUGUUACAGGUGUUCACCUUACUGUGGAUCGCUGACUGGAUGGUCCAUCACUUCUGGAGGAAAGGGAAGGACCCGGAUAGCUUCUCCAUCCCCUACCUAACGGCAUUGGGUGAUCUGCUCGGGACGGCGUUGUUAGCCUUAAGUUUUCAUUUUCUUUGGCUCAUUGGAGAUCGAGACGGAGAUGUUGGAGACUAAUAAUUCCUACAAACUGCUCUUAAGUCACCAAGGAGGAAAACACAAGACAGCCACUUAUGGCUCCUUUUCAAAAAUCUUAAAUCAGUAGUUUGACUUCUGCCAGGGUAAUCUUCAGUUGGCCCUGACUCAAUUAAAUGGCCUUAACAUUUUUUAAAGGACUUUGUGUUCAAACCAGAGUGAACAGUAUUUGUGCUGCUUUUCGUAGAAUAAAUGAUAAUUUAACAUAGACCUAGAUACAAGCUCAAGCUCUGAAAUUAAACGGGAAAGAAUAUAGGAUGUUUACAAUGAAUAAUUUUAAAACCACAGACAUAGCAGAAAUGGACUUUAUUAUUGUUUAACUUAUAAUUGCAGGUUAAAGAAACAGGAUUCUAGGUUAACCUUUCUUGUCUCACAGGUGUGUUGUACUGCAAAGCAUAUCAUACAAUGAAAGGGGCCCAAGAAAACGUUUAAUGAUUUUAAUUAUACCUACCUCUCUGCUAGCUGAGGGUAAAUUUGCCCAUUACUUGCUCCUAACCUGACCUAAAUAUAUUUUGCUGAGCCUAAGAUACAUUCACUUUUACCUGCUUCUAUGAAUUUCCCUGUGCCAAUGCCAAUGUAAUUUCAAUUCUGCAAGUUUCUGGCAGGCUGCCUUUUAACACAGAAUGACCUUGAGAGAUCUUUAAUGAAAGCAGUGCAUCAUUUUUGAUCUUUGAUUUGUUGAAAGAAUGUUGAUUUUUAAAAAGACUUGAUAGUCAAAAACAGAAGAUAAGCUGAGCUGCAUUUGUAGAGAUAAUGUGGUAUGAGAUUUGUGUGUGUGUGUGUGUGUGUGUGUGUGUGUGAGAGAGAGAGAGAGAGAGAUUUCUGAUGGAGAACUGAUAGCAAAGACAACCGUGCUAUUAGAAUAUUAAUAUUAUAUAGUUAUUCUUAAACACAUUUUAUUGAUAUGCUUUUGUCAUUUGACCCAAAAAUUUUCCUAAUACCCAGAAUUUAGUAUUUCUUACCUACAUUAUAAUUGAUCAUUUCUUCUUACUAAAAAAUACUGUCCCAUUCAGUAUAAUCAAGAUAUUAUAAGAUUUAGAAUGAGCGAUUCCUGUGCUCUUCUGAGGAAGUCUAUUGAAAUUUUUAGGUUUACCAUUUUAAAAGAGAAAUUGGUGGGUUACUUUAAUGAUUGUUCAUGCCUGUAUAUGUCACCUGUUUGCAUAGGCUUAUUUCUACAUGGGACUCUGUCAUAUACACUGCUAUGUCUCUCAAAUAUUUUUCUAAAACGCUGAUCUGUAUUCCAGACACUUGACCAACACCUUAGAUAUUCAAUAUGUAAGCAUUUUUAUAUUACAUAGAAUUCAUUUUUUAAAAAAUUCAAUAAAGUCUCUUAAGACUAUCAGAUAUUUAAUAAUUUAACUGAUAGGAGAAGUAAAAAUGCAUAUUAACUUCGAUCAUCAUGGUUUAAGUUGUGAGUUAGUGUUAACGUUAUAUAAACAGUAGGUUGUUUAUAAAUAUAUUAGGGGAAGUGUUCCUAUUAAGCUCUUUAAAAUAAGGGGACUGUGGUUUAGAGUUAUAUAUUUUUGCUUAUUUUAAAACUUUAAUUAUUCCAUUCUUCUGCCUUAUAAUGAAGCUUCUAAGGCAGAGAGCUGAACUAAUUAUAGAAUUUCUCCUUUGGAGAGUUAUAAUAUCACAUAGUGAACAUUCUUAUAAGAGAAAGAAUGGUUAAGUUGAUGAAUAUUUAUCUGCACAGAUAUUUUAUUUAAAAAUAUCCAUAAAUAAUUUAUUUGAUUUUAUUGUAAAGCAUUUAUAAAUUACUUGUUUACAUUUGGGCUGUGUGAUUCAUAAGCAUUUAUAUUUCCCAAUGAUUUCUAUUUUGAUUUUUUAUCAUAAAAUAGUGCACAGCAAACCACGUUGUUAAAGCGUUUAUCAAUAACUUUAUUCUAGUGCAUUAGAUAAUCUAAUGCACAUUCAAAUAUACUCUAUUAUUUAGUUCUCACAACAGUACCUGUGAAAUAGAUUGGGUAGAUAUUUCUAUCUCUAUUUUACAACAGAAGAAACUGAAACUAGAGAAGUUACAUUUUUAAGGUUGCACAGUGACCAAAUUGUGACUAAAUUCCAGGUUUCUGAUUCCUAAGCCAGUGCUCUUUCUGUGACCCUCCAAAUGUAUCAGAGGCACCCAACUACUUAUCUGAGGGGAAAUCAACUGGAGAAAUAGUAUCUGCUAAAGUCGAACAGAGUACGGCUAUUGUACAUCCUUUAGAUUUCAGACAGGGAAACCUCCAUUUGAUAUAUCUUAAUAGUUAGUACAGCCAACUCUAAAUUAUUCAUGUUCCUAAGACCAAGGAAAACACAGGUAAAUGAAAACGUUAGAAUAAAUAACAAUGCCUUAUUUCCUAGAACAUUUAAUUGCCACCACCCUUCCCAGAUCUAGUCAUUUUUCAUAGAUGCUGAUAAAUAAGUAGGAUAACUGAUGAGUUGUCUGCUUUCUCUUUUGCUACCUAAUCUUGGUUACAGCAAGAAAAUGUCUAAAAGGCAUGUAAUAGGAAAAAAAAGAAAGACAUGGAAAAAUCAGUCACUGGUUAGCUGAAUUGACUUGUAAAAGGGAUACAGAUUCCUUUAAAAUUCUUUACUGGUUUUUUUGAAAGCCUUUACAUCGGUAUGCAACUGAUAAAACGACUUCUUUUAUUUACCCACAAAACCCCAUUUAUUAUCAGUCUUACAGAAUGUGAAUUUACAGUAUUUUUAUACAGUCUAUAAAUUCCUGCUUUCCAAACUUCUUCCUUUCACUAAUCUAUCAGACACUUUAUUUAUACACAGAUAACUUUUUAAAACAUAUUUCUCAUUCUUGUCCACCAACCAUUUUUUUUCCCUUAAAAAAAUAAAGUUUCUUAGAACAUGAUAAAGUGGAAACUUAGGGUAAUGAAUCUUUUGGAAGACAACAAAAAUUCCACAUCAUAGUCUAUCCGUGAUAUAGCCAAAUGCAGUACAUUUUUAAGUCUUUUCAAUAAUUGGGCUUCCUUGUCUUAUAUCUACGGUCUAUUGUACCCAUUUAUAAUGGGCAUCUUCUAUCUUUGAAUUGUUGUAAACUCAAAUAAGAAUAAAAUCUAAGAAAUAUUUA